AUGAUAUUCCUUUUUAACAGAGUAUCCUUCAACCACCCGCUCGCUUUGCAGAGGGACAACUUUAGGACGCUGGAAGCAAGCAUUGGAGGCCGAAACCUCCGAUGCCGAAGAGAGCUCAGGACGACGGCUGGCCGAUGGGCGGCAAGGGGCGGCCGGCUCGCCCGCCAGUCCCCGCCAAGCGCCCCGUCUCGGAAUUCCCGGCGGGCGAGGUCCCCCAGGGCUGGGGGCAACUUCCAGAAGAUCCGGGAACGCUUCAACCAGGCGGCGGAGUUGCCGGAGAGGGAGAGAGUGGGCGCGGCCAAGGAGAAAAGGCCCCUGGCGGUCAGGCGGUCCAAGUCGGCGCGCGAUGUCCUCAGGGACUCUCCCCCGGUGCCCAAGGCCCGGCGCAAGCAGGUGGUUGCCCGGGAAACGUCGGCGGAAUGCAACGAAGAUCAGACGGUGCCCGCGAUCACCGAGAUACCAGCGAUCCAAGAGCCACCGAGCGAUGACCGCGGGGAGUCGGGGGAGGUGCAGACCGAUGCCCCGGGCGAGACGGCAGGCAGAGGGCAUUGCCCCAUCAGCUGCCCCUGCCUGUGCCACAAGGGGAGGCCUGGGAUGGUGCUGGUGUGGAGACCCGCAUCCGAUGCCACCGAGGGGGACCAGGAACUGACGGACGGCUCCCUGUCGGACUCCGCGGACAGCGACGACAAGCCGUUUGCCUACGUCUUCACGGUCAACGAGACGCCGAACGGCUGCCCGGCCGAGAUUGCCGCGGAGGAGGAAGGGGAGGAGGAUGGCGCCUACCUGCGUCUCCUCCCGUCUGCCACGGAGGGGAUGCCGGAAGCCGCAGAUCCCGACGGGGGUCUCGAACCCGCCGCCGAGAGAGCCGUCUCUCCCCCCGCGCCGCUGCCCAAGCCGCCCCGCCGCCACAAGCCGGUGGCGCAGAACUCCCUGGACAAGCCCCCGCGGCUCCCCGCACGGAGACAGGGCCGGCUGCGGCGAUCGGAGGCUCUCCCGCUGUCCCCGCCCCCCGCCGGCCCUCAGCGCUACUCCUCCGCCGACCUGGACAAGUUCUCCAAGUGCGUGGAUCAGCUGAACCUUCACGUGCGGCAGUUGGCGCUGCCGGGCCGCGGAGCAUCCACCCUGGAGCCCCCAAGCCCCACCGUGACGCGCUCCGCCCCGCCCAGCCCCAAGGAAAAACACGUCCAGCCUACCUACGACCAGGUAGACACAGGAGAAGAGGAGAACUCGAGGAACCCUCUGUACGAAUUUCAUUUGGCUGUCCCGCUGAGCAGCUCUUUGCAGUCGGAAAAUCACAAUUCCAAAGGCUGGGAAUCUCGAUUUGAAAGCGAGCCUCUGUACCAGACGUAUCGUGAGACCGUGAUCCACAAGCAGAUCAAGCGGCAGACGCUGAUGCGGGACUCUAGCAAGACCAGCGACGACUACACGUACGAGAGCAUCCCGCUGACCCUGGAGAGCGACAGGGCCUCCAGCUCACUGUGGCAGAACCUCAACGCCGUGCGGCAGAGCGGAAUCCUCGACGGCCUCAGCCCCGAGGAGCGCAAGCAGCAGGAGAGUAUGUUCGAAGUGCUCACAUCCGAGGCCUCCUACCUCCGCAGUCUCAACAUCCUCAUCGACCAUUUCAUGGACUCCAGGGUCCUGAAUGAAUCCAUCAUCCUGCGCGACAAGAAGACCCUGUUCUCCAGCAUCGUCAGAGUGGCGGAGGUCAGCACAAGUUUUCUGAAGGACCUGGAGGAACGUGUGGACGAGAAUAUUAGGAUCAGGGACGUCUGCGAUAUAAUUUACGAUCACGCCCAGCUCAAUUUCCAGGUUUAUAUCGAUUACGUACGCAACCAGUUCUACCAAGAGCAGAAAUACAGCCAACUCAUGGAGGAGAACGCACACUUCGCAGCGGCCGUGGUCCGUCUCCAGGAACUUCCCCAGUGCCAGCGGCUUCCCCUCAUGUCCUUCCUGCUCCUCCCCUUCCAACGGAUCACCCGGAUUAAGAUGCUGAUCGAGAACAUUCUCCAAAGGUCAGAGGUUGGCUCGCCCAAUGAGGAAACGGCCUCUAAGGCUCUGAGUGUUGUCUCGAAGAUCAUCGAGGACUGCAACAGGGAAGUCGGGAUCAUGAAACAGAUGGAGGAAAUGAUCCACAUUAUGAAAAAGCUGGAGUUCGACAAGCUCAAGGCCAUUCCCAUCAUCUCCAAGCUCCGACACCUGGAGAAACGAGGGGAACUGUCCGAGGUUGUUCAACGAGGAAAUCGCUUCGGAGUGAAGCCCAAGGUCACCCUUCUGUACCUCUUCCUGUUCAAUGACCUGUUACUGGUGACUGUCAAAAAAAGUGGUGACAGAUACCAGGUACUGGACUAUGCCCACCGCUCCCUGGUGGAGGUGCAGGAGUGCCCCAGCAACUGGCCCGGGACCAGCGCGGCCAACUGUUUCAUGUUAACGCUGCUGGAGAACCGUCUGGGCAAGCAGAGCGCGCGUCUGCUGAAGGCUCCCACCCAAUCUGACCGCCAUCGCUGGAUGGACGCGCUGUCUUCGGGCAGAUACGUGAACCAACAGGACGCCCAGGAUGAGAAGGUCUACGAGUGUUGGGACUGCCCACAGGUGCAGUGCCUGAUUCCGUACACUGCCCAGCAAGCGGAUGAACUGAGCCUGGAGGAGGCCGACAUCAUCAACGUGACCAAGAAAUCUUCAGAAGGAUGGUACGAGGGAUCCAAGCUGUCCAGCAGCCAGAAGGGCUGGUUCCCCAGCGACCGGGUCCAGGAGAUCACGAACGAACACGUGCGUCGGAGGAACCUGCGCGAGCGUUACCGCCUCCUGCAGGCCGCCCAGCACCUCCACGACAAGCAGGACGAGGGCGGAGCCGGGGCGGAGAGGGCCAACGCCUCCUUGUGAAGAACCGGCAGCGGCAACACGGACUGCUGGCCCCAGCAAACGAGGAGUAACGGACCCUCUCUCUACACAAAGGUCCCAGGACCCGAUUAGGCCUCGGGCAACCACACUGCCCCCCAACGCUCUCUUUACACACUGCCCGGACACACACUCGCUUUACACACUGCCUGAAGACCCUGGCGCCAACGCUACCCACUGGAUCGCCCGAUCUUCCUCCUCAUCUUGUCGGAUCGUUCUCUGCUGGUCGGGAGACAGGACCUCGAACCGUCCGGGAGCCGCUCGCCAACGCUGCGUCUGACCCAUGAGAAGCAGCGGCUGGCCGGAAGGUGUGGAGGGGCACGCUCACACUCUCAUUCGCACUUGCUCUCACUCUCUCGCUCACUCUCUCAUUCGCACUCACUCUCACUCUCUCGCUCAC